ACCGCGAAGCCUUUAAUCCGGGAGGGUUCUAGAAACAUCUAGGCUCUUCUCAGGCCCCGGCCCCGGCCGCGAACGAUCACCGUUCACCACCACCGCCUCCGCCGCCGCCGUCUCUUCCUCCCCCGCAUUCCACCCCCCGCGCCCUAGCGCAGCAACCAACUCAACCCACCCCUACCCUUCUUGCGUAAUCUUCGCUGGCCGGCGGCGGCGGCGACGGCGGCUCGCGAGCGCGGCGCACGGUCUCCCCCGCCCCGCCCGCCGCGCGACGGUUAGCCGGCGCCGCAGCUCCUCGCGUUCGGAGCACAGGCCACCACCCGAACGCGGCCCCUCAUCGCGCGCGGCUCCGUGCAGCCGCGGACCUCGACGCCCGGCGGCUCCUCCAUUCCUGCCGCAGGCAGGCCUCUCUCCACGAGACGACCGGAGGCUUCCGCGCGCGCGGGGGGGCCCGAACAGCAGCGGCUCCCGUGAAGCACCCGCCGCCGCCGCCGCCGCGCCGCGUGCCGAGACGACAGGUGAAUCCCAUUUCCGUGCGGCCGGGCGGCCACUUCCGCCGCCUCAACCGCGUACCUCGACGACCGGCGGCGCUGCUCACGGUCGGCGGCGUCCCCGAAGGCUCGCUCAACCUCGCCGCAGCGCGCGGGAGCUUUCCCGAAGGUUCUACCUAACACCUCUCUCUCGGGGCACGACCCUUGCCUCCCCCAAGGCUCAACCUCCCGGCGGCGCGCAGCCGGCCUUCUCAAGUGCUCGCCCUCGCCGUGCGCGCCCUAAUGGUACUUCAGGAAAUUCCAUAUUGAUCUUAAUGAACGCCUCCCACCAUGCAAUCUAAUUUGGUGAUACUGAAUAUAGGUUUUUCUACAUCUUCUGAAAAUGGCAGAAGUGAUUACAGAUGCACCUCUUUCAGUAAAAACCAAAGCUGUUGACAUGCUGGAGUGUUAUUUGAUUGAUGCGGAUGUGAAAAGAAUGGAUGAUGAUUUAAAGUACUGUCAAGGUUCUAUUCGAUAUGGAUUUGACAUCUCAUCUUCAAUAAAGACAACUUUCCUUUUGUUUGAGGAUAAUAGAAGUGCACAAGACACAGUUGAUAAGUUGAAUUUAAUGAACCACCCGUCCAUUAUGAGAAGCUUAGGUGAUGUGAUUUGUUUCGACCAACACCUUCCAAAUCAUGUUCUGCCUUUUCCUUAUUUCGACACGACCUAUGCUGACUAUCUAGACAAGAAGAGCAAUAAAACUUUUGAGUUCAAGAGAUUUACACCGGAAUUUAUUCAAUUGACUAGCCAGGUAGUCCAUGGAAUGUCAGCUCUGCAAGAAAAAGGAUUUUGCUGUCCAAACCUGGAGGGCAAAGAUAUCUUCAAGGAGAAUAAUUGUAUCAGUGCGAAGAUAUGGCAUUUCUGCAUUUGCACAGGUUGCACAGGAGAUAAGCAUACUGAUUGGAGGAGGCUUGGACAAUUACUUAAAAAGACUGCUGUUGACCACAAAUGCCUUACUAUAGAAAUUGAAGAUCUGUGCACUAAGAUAAACAAAGGCAUACUUGAAGGGAUGUUCCCUAAUUGACGGAUUAUUUAUGUUCUCUAAUUGAACGGGUUAUUUACGUUUCAACAAUGAAUUGUUAAUUUCUUGUGAAUUUGAAUCCAGUUCGCUACAGGCUGCAUGUACUGUUCCUGGACAGCAUGCAAAAGAUAGUCUCAUAUUAAUAUAGCUAUACAUAUCCAAGUUCAAUUCCCAUACAAAUUUUUUUGUUGAUAACAGUAGUGUCAACAAAGACCAAGAAGAUCAAAGAAACAUCCUAGUAAACUCACAAAGACAGAAAAUGUUCAGGAAGAAAGAAAUACAUUAUUAUUAUUAUUAUUACCGGCUACAUGGAUUGUAUGGUCCGAUCACUUUUGACUCCCUAGGAUUAUAUUUAUUUGGCAGGGGCAUCACUAUCUUGUUAUGUUGGAUUGUUGGUGUGGUUCACAUGCUGGUAUAUAUUACAAAAGAUUAGCUAGAUUGGCCAAUAUCCAAUUACACACGUUUUGGGUGAUUUCUUGAAGUGGCAAUAUUUGGAAUAUCACUUAUCCAAAUUCCCCUUUUUGAUACGCAGACUAUUUUUUGAACUAACUAGGAAAAGUCAAUAAGUGAGACUUCCAGUAUUUAAACCUUUAAUAAGUAAAAGUUUGUGUCAAACUUGUGAUUGUCCUUCAAAACCUCUUGUGAACUUUGCGUCGCUUACAGCUUGUUUUGUCCAGUUUGUAUCAAUGUAAGUACCUGUUAUGGCGGCUCUAUGGAGCAGACAUACCACUGACAUAGGUGUUAUGGCACCAGCGUAGUAGCAGGCUUGGCAGCACCUAGAUUUGGUGGUCGAACCAGCUAAGAACUGCAGAUAACUAAUCUUUUGU